CGCAUGCGCCGUAGCCACCAGAUUAACAACUCCGCGCAGCAAGCGGUCUCGGUUUAUAGCAACGGAGAAAGACCACCAUCUCAUUGACCAGCACGGCAGUCAGGUGGACUUUGGUCUUCUUUGAAAGUGGUCCAGACCAACCUGCUUCUAAGCAGUUUACGCCAAGGCACGCCCACUGAAGUAGGAGGAUGGCGGUGAAUGUCUACUCGACCUCUAUGACCAUAGAGAACCUGAGUCGUCAUGACAUGCUAGCGUGGGUCAACGACUCUUUACAACUCACCUACACUAAGAUCGAGCAACUCGGCUCAGGUGUGGCGUACUGUCAGUUCAUGGACAUGCUGUUUCCAGGGUGCAUUUUGUUGAAAAAAGUCAAAUUCAAUGCCAAACUGGAACAUGAAUACAUCCACAAUUUCAAGGUCUUACAGGCUUCAUUUAAGAGGAUGUCCGUAGAUAAGAUAAUUCCCGUUGAGAGGCUGGUCAAAGGCAAAUUCCAGGACAACUUUGAGUUCCUUCAGUGGUUCAAGAAGUUUUUCGAUGCCAACUAUGACGGCAAAGAAUACGACCCUCUACUGUUACGGCAGGGCCUGGAGGGAACGACACCGCCGCCCAAUACAGGUGACCCCAUUGUCCACAAACCCAAAAGACCUGCUCGCUCAGGCCCCAUCAGAACAUCUCCCACUGCACCCAAGAUUGUGCCUCCCCCGCAGAGGCAGAUCAAUGCACCAGCAGCCCGCAGGAACCCCGCCGUGACCCGCAAUGGAGGAGACUCGGAGGUCUUGGAGCUGAACCAGCAGCUACUAGACAUGAAGCUGACUUUGGACGGACUAGAGAAGGAGAGGGACUUUUACUUUGGCAAGCUAAGAGACAUUGAAUUGAUCUGCCAAGAUGGAGACAAUGAAACCAACCCGGUUCUCAACAAAAUCAUGGAUAUACUAUAUGCUACAGAGGAGGGGUUUGCGCCACCAGAUGAUGAAGAUGUUGACGAAGGGGCACAAGGAGACCAGGAGGAGUUCUAAGCUAAUGUCCCCCCCCCUCCCCUCUAACCAAUUUAACCUACGUCGUAACCACAGAAAAUGUUCCCCCAUCAUUUUACAUAACGUUUUACAGGGUUCCUACUGUUUCCAUCUUGUUUGCAGCUGUCAUUAUCAUUUUUUUUUACAGUCUAGCUUACCAUACAUUUCAACUUGUUGGUUUACUCUGCUAAACCGGAGGUGCCAGCUGCUGGACUAGAUUGUCAUGCAUUGAGAUGACAGCACUGACAACCUGGAACCCACAGUAGUGUGUCUGUGUGUGUGUGUGUGUGUGUGUGCGUGCGUGCGUGUGUGUGUGAGAAGAUGCAGGCGGCUUUCUUUCACUGUGCACUUUAAUUGUCAACCAUAUGCAGGACCGUAUUUGCUGCAUAUCUGCUGUUAUUUGGAACAACACUUUUUGUCUACACAAUAUCACCCAAGUUGCAGGAUCUUCUGUGUUGUUGGUGGGGUAGGUGAGAUGAUGCAAAAAAAAAAAAUUUUUUGCAUAGUGGAUCCGUACAAGUAGCCUGCAGACAUAUCACAGACGUGCCCAUGUGCACAUACACAAGAAAGUUCAUUUCAAUUUGAAAGAAAAAACCUUUAUUGAUCAAAAUAACCCCAAUAACAGUUUGACAGCUUUUUUUUUUUUUGAGGCGGCGUGAUGUAUUUAUGAUUUUAUUUAUUCAUCUUUUUUAAUCAUCGCUUUUGAAAAAAAAAAAGAUGGUUUGGGAUUGAUGUUCUUGAACUAAAUGUAGCGAAAGAAGCCCACAGAUGUGAUCUAAUUGCCAAGCAGCAGUGAUUUGGCUGCAGCCACAAAUAUACAGGAAGAUGCAAUUUUAUAUUUUGUAGCCUUGUUUUUGUUAUUGGUUGAGAAAAAGGCCAAGUUAGGGUUAUCAUUGUGAAGUGUAUAGUAUAGACAAAUGUCAGGUUUUAAUUUUAUUUCAAAAGUGGGUUAAAGACACUACUAAAUUACUAAUGGUUGACUAUUGAUUUUAAGCUCAACAUUUUAGCUGCUAUCUUAUGAUUUUUGCUGUAUUUAAUUGAGUUUUCAUAUACUGUAUUGCAUAGCACUAAAAUGCCACAGUGUGGUAUGUUGUCACUGGCAGCCUGGCUGAGUGGUCUAAAUUAGGGUGAACCUUUUUUGCUCGGUUUGUCUCCAAAUGAUCAUGAUAAAUAUCUGGAUUUAUCGUUGGAAUUAAAUAAAGCUCUGAGGUUCGUGAAAAGCAAGAAACCAUUGUCACUGUAUUUUGUAAGAGUAUGCUAUAAUAAAAUAUACACACUAUGUGA